AUGUCCGUUCAUGACGAAAACUCAUCAGUGGUCGAAGAGGAAGUCGAGGAAGAAGUCGUCGAGGAUGCUAAAGAUGGCGACAACUCAUCGACAGUCGACGAGGAGGAUGUCGACGAUGCCGAGGAUUCCGAGGAGUAUAUCGACGGCGAGUCUUCUGAUUAUCUGUACUCUGACAGUUACCUCUUCAUUCCAGCUGAAGAACAAGGCAGUACCAUGGGAAGGCAAACUGUAGCGAGACACAAAACAGUGUCUCGAAUUGACCGCUGGCUCGCGAACGUUACUCAGGCUUCGCACGAUACCCUACCCGCACACCCCGAUCCAGGGAUAGAGGGACAGCUGUCGUAUCUACGCAUGCGACCCUCAAGGCUUCGCCAGUGGCGCUCAGACAUGGCUAUCUAA